AUGCACGAUUCUACAGCUUUGUUUGAUCCAGAAUCUAAACUACUACUAUUUGAUAUCAAAUAUUCUACAUUAUUACUUGAUUAUGGAUAUUCUACACUGCUUGAUUUAGUAGAUUUAUUUGAUUCAGACUCUAAACCACCAUUACUUGAUAAAAUAAACUAUUUGCGUUAUGAAUUAGAUUCUACACUACCUGAUUCAUAUUCUACACUAGUGGAGGUUUAUAGAAACCCACACGAUUUACGAAACUUCCUUAUAUAA